UCGUCGUCAUGAUAUCCGUGUACAUAUCACCGUCCGUCGAUAUAGAGAGAGAAAAAUAUAUCACUAAGAUUUGUAGAGAGAGAAAGAAUGGAUUUUUUAGAGAGAGAAAGAGCUUAAUCACCUUGGUUUUCUUCGUCAACGCUUUGGUAACUUCGGGAAUUGCCGCCAAAUGUGGGCGUUGAAACCCUAGCUCAACUACUUUAAAUUGGUACAAUUUAUGUUUUUAAUAAUAAAAAAGGUAUAUAUAUAUAUUAUGAGUUGAUUUUUGUUGUCAUUUCUGAAUUUGAAGUUGUUAUCUUUUUGUUUGUUUUCUUGGAGGGUUAUGUUUGGUUUGAUAUAAAGUUGUUAUCGUUUUAAUCUUAUUUGUUUGUGUUGUUGGAGGCUUUUGUUUGGUUUGGUUUGAUAUAAAGCUUGAAACUUUAGUGAUUAGGUUUGGUUUAGAGGUGAUAAUUUAGGUGAGUUUCGAGAGACAUUGUUGAAUUGGUUGAAAUGGGUGAUAGUGAGGAGGGUAAUACUGAUAUGAUGCAUAUACUGCAAUCAUCAUUUGGGAAUUCAUCGUCUGCUCCGAAAUUAAGUCAUUCCGUUAACCAGCUUGAUAUACCUCAGUUUAAUAAUUCUCAACUUCGAGCUCAGAUGAGACAGUUUUCGCCUAGUUUUGGUGGUGAAAGUAAUAAGAGGGUUGGGAUACCGCCAUCCCAUCCACAAAUGCCACCUAUUUCACCUUAUUCGCAGAUCCCAGGAACAAGAAGCGGAAAUCAGCAAAUGGGUCCGGGGAAUUUUGGUCAGGGAUCGGGGGUAUCGCAUACUAGAUCUUUAUCCCAACCAUCAUUCUUUCCGCUUGAUUCUUUGCCUCCAUUGAGCCCUUCUCCUUAUCGGGAUUCAUCUGUUACACCAGUUUCUGACAUUGUGUCUCCUGAUGUGUCGAUGGAGGACCGUGACGGCAAUUUACACUCACCUUUCUCCAAAGGGAAUUCGUUGAGGGUUGGUGAGAGCCUUCCUCCUCGUAAGGCGCACAGGAGGUCUAACAGUGAUAUCCCUUUUGGGUUUUCAACUAUAAUGCAAACUUCACCACCUCUAAUCCCCUUAAGGAGUUCAGCAGAACGUGCAGCCUCUACAAGAGAUAGUAUGGGAUUAAAACCAGUGCAGCUGGUUAAACGGGAAGAAUGCUGGGAUAAAGGAAUUGGUGACAGUAAUGCAGAAGGAAUGGGAGAGAGGAAAUCUGGAGAAGUUGUGGAUGACUUGUUUUCUGCGUAUAUGAAUUUGGAUAAGCUUGAAGCAUUAAACUCUUCUGAAACUGGUGAUAAGCAGGGCACAGAAAAUCGGGAAGAUAUAGACAGUAAAGUAAGUGGUACCAAGACAAAUGGUGAUAGCAGUGAUAAUGAAGCUACAAGCAGUAUAAAUGAAAGUGGUAACAGUAUGCAGAGACCUGGAAUCUCUUCAUCUGCUGAUAAAAAGGAAGGGCUCAAAAGAAAUGCAGGGGGAGAUAUAGCUCCAACAAGCAGACACUAUAGAAGCAUCUCAAUGGAUAGUUUUAUGGGGAGUAUGAACUUCGGUGAUGAGUCACCAAAAUUACCUCCUUCCCCAGGGCAACGCGCUGGACAGCUCUCUCCAAGCAACUCCAUCGAUGAGAACACAUUUAGCUUGGAGUUUGGAAAUGGUGAAUUCAGUGGUGCUGAACUCAAAAAAAUUAUGGCAAAUGAAAAACUUUCUGAGAUAGCAUUAAGUGACCCAAAGCGCGCUAAAAGGAUAUUGGCAAAUCGUCAAUCUGCUGCUCGUUCCAAAGAGCGAAAGAUGCGGUACAUCUCAGAGUUGGAACACAAGGUUCAAACACUACAAACAGAAGCAACCACACUUUCUGCCCAACUUACGCUCCUGCAGCGAGAUUCUGCUGGGCUUACAAACCACAAUAAUGAGCUAAAGUUUCGAUUGCAAGCAAUGGAGCAACAGGCACAGCUUCGUGAUGCUUUGAAUGAGGCUCUAACUGCGGAGGUUCAGCGCUUGAAGAUUGCAACUGCAGAUAUGGGUGGAGAGGCAGCCAAGUUUCAACAGCUUUCACUCAACUCUCAGAUGUAUCAGAUGCAUCAGCAACAGCAGCAGCAACAAUCUAGCCAACUGAACAUGCAUCAAAUGCAACAGCAGGCACAGCAAUCUCAGUCACAGCAGAAUGAAAGUACAAACUCUAAGCAUGAAUCUGGUUAAAAAGGUUUGGGCAAAUUAGGGAUGUUUAAGCUUGAUGCCAUUAAUCAUCAUCUAUUAUAUCUGGUCAUCAUGAUUCGUGUUUCAGUAUUGCAUUCAUUCUUUAGUGUUGCGUCCACAACAAAACAGAUGUAUAAGCCUAAAUGUUAGUCACAUACACAAGUAUUAAAUAAUUACAGAUUUUAAUGGCACUGCUAUAUUGUACUGGAUAUGUUACAUGUUUUCGUAAGAUAUUUAAAGAGCUUAACUUGUAAGUUUUUUCUA